GUCACAUUCAUUCGUCGGGCAGAGGUCUUCUCGGUUCUACAAGGUAUAGUUAAACGCCGAAGGAAAAAUGAAAUUGUUCCUAGCGAUUUUGGUUGCAGUGGUGUUGGCCGUGGCAGUAGCACAGACAGGCAAAGACGAAGAUUUGUGGAAAUCAUACAAGUCAACUUUUGGUAAAAUAACCCCACCAGAGAAAGAUCUCGCGAGGAAAGAAAUGUUCAUUAAAAGACGCAAGGUUAUCGAGAAACACAAUCUAGAGAACAACGAGUGGAAAAGGGGACUCAACAAAUUCACAGAUAUGUCAGACGAACAUAAAAAAAUCUUUCUCGGAGCUAAAAUGUCGAGAAACCGAGCAAAGUCUAUCGGAGCUACCGACGACCCUGUACUUGAUCGCGCUCUUCCUACUUCGAUUGACUACCGCACCCACAGAUGUUUGAUACCGGUCAAAAUUGAUCAAGGGGACUGCGGCAGUUGCUGGGCUUACGCAGCCAACACUCCAUUAGAGUUCAACAGUUGCAGGAAAACGGGCGUCCGAAUUUGGCUUAGCGAGCAAAUGUUGGUGGAUUGCGAUGGGUAUAACAAGGGCUGCGAUGGUGGAGACUUCACCGGUGCUUGGCAAUAUGUCAAGGAGAAGGGCGGAGCCGUUAAGUCUGCCAAUUAUCCUUACGUCUCCGGAACUUCCCUAACCAACAGCACCUGCAAAUUCAACAGCUCCGCCGUUGCUGUCAAAAUUUCUUCUUUCGACUGGGUCAUGCCGUACCCUAGCGAAAAUGCUAUCAUGGCCCGUCUGCAGAGUGACGGACCUUUGCCCAGUUCCAUGAAAGUUCUCGACCCAUUUUUCGACUACGCUUCUGGAGUCUACAGCGAUCCCGCUUGCAUCGUUGCUGAUGAAAAUGACGUCGAUCACGCCGUCGUUAUCGUCGGAUACGGUACCACCAAGGCCACUGCUACCGUUCCGGCCACUCCCUACUGGAUUGUACGGAAUUCUUGGGGUAUCGGCUGGGGCAUCAAAGGUUAUUUUAUGAUCAAGCGCGGCGUUAACAUGUGCAACAUCGAGUCAUGGGCUGCUUACGUCAAAGUUGUUUGAAGAUUCUAUUUAAUAGAAAUGUCUAUUCUUUUUUUUUGUUCACAUAUUUAGUCGCAAUUAGUUUAACAUGAAACUUUUACAAUUACUUUCUAUAUUGGA